AUGGUAGAGUCAGACUCCCAGCUCUACAUGGAGCUGUCCCAGGCCUCAGGUGGCCAGGCCAUACAGGUCACCAAGACAGAAUUGCCCAAGGCCACCAGCAUCAUUGUGGAAUCCUCCAGCUCUUCAUUGGUGACCAUUCUACAGGCUGUGCGGAGUCCAGGAAGGGCUGAUAAUUUCUCCUUCACUGUAGAUGAGUCUGUGAGAAACCUGACUGCUUAUGUUACAGGAAGCUCCCUCUCCUUCACUCUCACCAGCCCCUCAGGUGUGUCCCAGAGUAGCGGGGAGGUAAAUGGGUCUCUGGCAACGAUUAAAACCGUGGGGAACUUCCUCACACUGGGGCUGGACAGCCAAGCGGGAUUAUGGGAAAUCAGUGUGUCGUCAACUGUGCCCUACUCACUGAAGGUCGUAGGUCAGAGCGCCAUCGACUUCCUGUUUGACUUUGUGGAGGUGUCCCAGGGACCUCAUCCAGCCUUUGCUGUUUUAGAGUCCCGUCCUCAAGCUGGUGAGUGUCACGCGUGUAAUGCCACCCUGCUGGUGUCAGUGACGGGGAGUGAAUCUGUGAGUCUGACGGAGGUGGCCCUGGUUGAGGCCUCGGGGUCAGGGGAGGUCAGUGGAACCUUGGAAUCAGUCGGCAGCGGAGACUUCCUGGUUACCAUGGACAGAAUCCCGGAUGGGGAGUUUGUUGUGCGUCUGAGAGGAGAGAACAGCGCCACCACCAGGGCAUUACCAGACAGCUUCCAGAGACAGUCCUCCACCCGCCUCAGAGCCUCCACUGUUAUGGUGACGGCUAAGGCAGAAAGUGACCUGGAGCCUGGAACACCCUUUUCAGUCCUGUUCACUGUGACAACCAACGGGACAGGCGGAUCCUUCACCAUCCGGGCCACAAAUGACCGGGGCUUCCCCUCCUCUUCCCCUACAACCCUGACGCUAGUGACCGGGGUCAGUGCCAACGGUACAGUGACCCUCACGGCCCCCGCCAACACCGUGUCGGGCACGGACGUCACCCUGACCAUCGAGGCUGAGUCUCCCGGGGCCACCGACACCAACUACGCCGUCCUGCGCCUCUCCGUUGUUUCACCGGUGACAGAUUUCAGCCGUCCGGUGUGCGAUGUGGUCAGCGUAACAGCCAAUUGUUCUGACGACUGCAGCCUGUCCAUGUGGGAGCUCUCUGCCAACCUGACGGACGGCAAUGGGACGGGCAUCGAGCGCGUCACCCUGCGCCAGGGCAACGGAACCCUCAACACCACCACCACGGUGGAGGGUGCGGGGAAUAUGACCGUGACUCUGGCAGCCUACAGCGCCUCCUGCUGUUCCCCGGAGGUAGAGCUGGUGGCGGUGGAUGGCGCAGGGAACGUGGGGACCUGUUUCAGGUCCAUCAGAGUGACAGUGGAUACCACUGUCCAGCCACCAGUCACCAAUGUCAUCACUGAGAACAGCAUCACCGUGACUCCACCUAUAGUUACCACCACCACCGCCGCGAGCAGGGGCCAUCCUCUAUCCCUCUCCUCGUAUCUCUGUUCCAUCAUGUUGGUCUCUGUCACACUCGUUCUGAGCCGCUAGGUAGCUCAUUUCACUUCUGGUCUUGAAAGAUGUUUAAUCAAAUUCAAUAGUUUCUCUGUUAUAAUACUGUCUGUUAAGUUCCCAUUAUUAUGUCAAGUCCAAUAAUACAUGCCAUUUAGCUGAUGUGUUUAACCAAAGUGACUGACAUUAAUGCGUGCAUACAUUUUAUGUAAAGGUGGCCCUGGGAAUUGAACCCACUAUCCUGGCAUUGCAAGCGCCAUGCUCUACCAACUGAGCUACAGAGGUCUAAGGCCAUGCGGCUUAGUGUCUUUUCGAUGGACCUCAUGUCAUCUGGCUAGUGUACCAAAACAAAGUGCCAAGGCAGUCUCUAAAAGGCAUCCUGCAGGGACGGGGGCUUAUAUAUAUAUAUAUAUAUAGGACAAUAUAUAUAUAUAUAUAGGACAAAACACACAUCACGACAAGACAGACAACACUACAUAAGAGAGACCUAAGACAACAACAUAGCAAGGCAGCAACACAUGACAACACAACAUGGUAGCAACACAACAUGGCAACCGCAAAACAUGGUAGCAGCACAAAGGGCAAGAAGGUAGACAGAACAAUACAUCAGGCAAAGCAGCCACAACUGUCAGUAAGAGUGUCCAUGAUUAAGUCUUUGAAUGAAGAGAUUGAGAUAAAACUGUCCAGUUUGAGUGUUAGUUGCAGCUCGUUCCAGUCGCUAGCUGCAGCGAAAUGCAUAUGGUAUUGAUAAGUAAUCAUAAAUAAUCAUAAUGUAUGUUGAUAUCACUGUAAUUUCUUAUUGGUCUAUAGCAAUAAAGGCUGGCAUUAUUAGGUAUCAAUAAGACACUCUACUUCCUGAUGUUCUCUGCUUAGUUAUUCAUGUCACUUGUAUGACCUGUUGUCUGUAAAUAUUGAUUGUCUUUUGUAACGUCAGUCCUCGAUAAUGUGAGACAUAUUCCUCCAAAGGCCAAUAAAGUGAACUGAAGAAGUAAA